AACUCAGGACGACAAGUCGACGAGAACGGAUAGUUGUUUUUCUGUAAAUACCGUUUGCAAAAUGAGUGUACUGUGAUAUACGUUUCGUGUUUGCUGUAAAAUAUAAAUUGGGAAUGGUUUUGAAGUAAAUUUUCCGAGUCAAGUCCACAAACAAGGGAAAAAGAUUCAAAGAAAGUGGUGUUGUGUGGUUUGGGUCUUUGGGAUCGGUCGGAGUGGUCUGUAACAAAAGGUCGGGAGCGUAGUUUCGUCUCUCAGUUUCAUCUCAGAUUAAGAGAGGGCUUCGAUAAGUCUAUGUAUUCUUUGCUUUUCAGUGAGGCCUAGGUGUGAUGUUACAUUAUUAACCCACACUGUAAUAUGGUGCAUUAGUGCUUUGUAGUUGAUCUAUUAAUUGAUAUCUCGUGGUAAAAAUGUCAUUUAUCCAGUUAAUUUUCAACAUGAAUAACACGUAUCCGCAGGGUGUAGGUUAGUGUAGUGCAGGUUACUAUACUAGAUUGCAUGAUUACAUAUAUGUAGAUAAUCUACUAACCACUCUUUAGCGAAGAUAAUUUUUGCUAGCUUCCAGAGCAUCAUUGCAGGCUAAGGGUAAUUCUGGUAAACUCCUAGAUUAAACUCUGGGGCCAGUUGUAUGGCUGGAUAGCUGUAUCCAGGCCUUACACUGUAUAAAGUAAUAAUUAGUAAUUGACUGGUUCAUGCAUCAAUCUACAUGUUACUCUUACCAAGUACCAAUUUUUAGGACAAUUAGGUAAACAUGACAUUAUUACACGAUUAAAGAAUACAGAUAAUUCCAUUGGUAUUGUUAUUUAAUAUAUGUCUAGAAGCCAGGAAAUGUUUUGAAUAAGCAAAUUUUGUAAUAUGAAUAUAAAAAUACUUAAAGAAGUAAAAAUUGGAUUAUGCCUAUCAUAUGUAAGAAGCAGCAUGAUUGUUUCAUCAAAUUGUAAAAUUAUUUCAUUAAUUCAUCACAGCCUAAAAUAUUUUAAGAAACAUCCUUGGUGAGAGAGUUUUUGUUAGGGGGGCAGUUAUGAGUAUUUUUAAAUAAAAAAAGGAUUGCAUUUUAUAUAGAUUAUGAUAUAUAGAUUUCUAUAAUGAAAUACUUGUGAUACAACUUGAAUUGAUACAACUUGCAAAAAAGGUAAUUUCAAAUUGUAGAUUCCAAUGCUAGUGAUUUUCAAUUGAGCCAAUAAAACAAUAUAUUUAAUAUAUUUUCAUACUGCACCUGUAAUACAAAUUAGAAUGGCGUACAUUACAGACAAUAGUAUAACUAGCAUUUAAAAUUAGCUUUUAUAUUUUACAACUUACAUAGGAAAGAUGGCCUAAUAUUUGCCAAUUAAAGAUAUCUACUUUGUCAUCUACCUUAAAAUGAACAUAUGCCAUAUACAUGAAUGAUAUGGUAUGCCAUAAGAUACAAGCAUCUGUAUUAUGAACAGCUUAAAGUGCCCAGAUAGUAAGUGUCCAACUUACAGGUAAACCUUAACUUAUUGUGGCUACAUGUAGUGUAGCAAACAAUUUUUUUCUUCAAAAUAACAUGUUGUGAUUAGAUAGUAAUAUGAUUAAAAUGACAAGAAUGUUGAAGUUCUUAACAAGGGCCUUCGGAAUAUUCUUGGUAGUCUAUCUAGACUACUCAGGUAGUUCAUCUAAUCAUACCAUGUUAUUCUAGUAACUUACCUUAUUGUAAACAGUGCACUGUUAUCACACAAAGAACAGUUAUCAUUUAACCUCAACACUAAUAUUUGUGAAGUUGUUGAAUUGUAUUUUGCUUUUACUUUUGAUAACAGAUAGCAGCUUUUGAACUACUUCAUGAUUUUUUACUAUCUUGUUUACUUUGAGCUAAACCUAAAAAUUAUGUGAAGAUGAAGGAAUAUAACUAUGAUUUAUUGAAACAAACUUUCUUCAAGGGUAUCAUGUGGGAAAAUGCUAAUUUGUAUUCUGCUAUGAUUCUGUAAUUGCUUUGAAUGACAGUUUGCGUGAGUCUAAAGAUCUGACAUGUUUAUUUUUUGCACAUGUAUUGAAGGAUAAUUUGUACAAUUUUGUUAUGCUGGACAGUCCUUAUUAAUUUGAUGGUAAUGAUCGUAUGGUGGAUAUCAUGUCUUUGCUAACAAUGCUUAAUAUCAAGUAAAAAUAUGAGUAAGGAACAUUUUACUGUUACUGAUUGAUCAUCAACAGGGAAUUGUUAUAUAUCAAUUACAUUUUAUUCGCCACAGCACACUAUUUAAUGACCUUUUUGCUUUUAAAAGUGUAUGUGGACACAUAGCUCUAUUUUCAUAAGUGUACUGUAUGUAUAAUAGUUGCAGGUUGUGCAAUAAGAUACAAUUACAGAUGCAAUUGAUUAUAUCCUCAAUAGUUGAUGAUCAAUCUGUCAAUCACUAUAUGCAUUCAGCAGCAUUUAACUUUUAUAAAUCAUCCUUGACCAUUUAAUAGACUUUGUUUGCAAAAACAAAUCUGACCAUCAAUUGUUACAUAUCAAUAUUAAUGAGGUGCAGCUUGUAUUUUAUGCCAUAAAAUAUUAAGAAAUGUGUUUCAUAACUAAAACCACUGGUACACUUCAAAUGAAUUUUUCUUACUUUUAAUAUCUUUAUUCUUUCUAUCUCCAAUUAGAAUUAGGAGUGUGAUUGUGAUUUAGGCAAAAGCUAAUUGCAUAUGAGUUAAUUUAAGAACUUUAUGAGAAAGGUGGUAGGCAUAUCUGUUGUUGCUGUUGUUGUAUUGUAUGUGGGAUGGCAAUAUAUCCAUUAUUAUUGGUAAUCUCUUUAAGUUUGGCAACUUUACUUAUUGACUUUCUCCUGGCAUAAUUCCAGAAGAUUCUUCAAAAUAGGACAAUAUUGUAAAGGCUGAAGAAUACUUGCUGAAAACAUUGAAAAGUCAUCAAUCUACAGAAUCGUGCUACAAAACACUUGAAAUUGAAGUUUAACAUAUUCAUGUACUUGAUGUUCUCAGUUCUUAAAAAGUGGACCUAUGUUAGCCAGAUUUGAAACUUAUUUGAAACAGAUUUGGGACUUAAGCUUACAAGUGUAUUUCUUGGAAGAAAAUGAAACUUAGCACUAAUAUUUGUGUGAAUUUGUAGUUAUAUCGCUGAUAACAGAAUAUUCAAGGUGUUUGGUCGUUGGACGUUUAUAAUGACCUCUCAGAACGAUUGCUGGUUCUUUUACAACUCCACUUGUGCAAAGGGCGAUGACUGUCCGUUUCGUCACGAACCUUUGGCUAUGGGUAAAUCUGUAUGCGAAUCGUGGAGUGCUGGUUCAUGUAACAGAAAUCCCUGUCGUUUUCGUCACUCAAACGUUGAGGUAGUGAAAAGCACUGCUCAAUGUUAUUAUGAAAACCAACCGACUGGAUGCCUGAAUUCCAGCUGCCAGUAUACUCACUCCAAACCACGCCCUCUGCUAACCAAUUUCAAUACGAGAUCAUUGCCAACUCGGCCGAUACUCAAUGUCCCAUUGCAAUCAAGAUUUCCUCCUAAUUCUCAAAUGUUUAGAGGUAAUAUAUUUACCAGUGCCUCCAUGACGGCACCUCGACAAACCAUGCACAAUCCAUUGCUUAACCACCCACCACCCCACCUAGCCGGAGGGCUCCCACCUCCUCCUGUAUUUCCCAACAAUUCCUUCCAAAUUGGAAGACCAAAUCUGUUCAAUCAGAAUCAUCCUUUACUUAGUCUUACCCAUACUCCUCCAUCUGCCACCCGACCAAAUGUUGCCAAGCCAUUUAUGAGAGGUCCUGGGGAGACGCCGAUUUCAUUACCACACCCUAUAAUGGAGGGAAAUACAAGUAGCACACAAGCAUUGCCAUCGCCAUCGCUUGCUGAUUUGAUUAGGCCAAGUACUGGUGACGGUUUACUUCCUAUACCAACUCCUUCUGUUCUGCCAUUUUCAUUGGGUGGAUUAUUUCCACGUAAUAUGAUUUCACCGAAACAAGUCUCGAAUAAAAAAAAGAGUCGUUCAUCAGCAAAAACCUCGUACAAACGAACUGUGAAGAAAUAUGAAGGUAUAAGGAGUCGAAAAAAUGAUAAACAAUCAAAACAUCGCAAUAACAAAAAGAAGCCACAAGAUUCAAACAUAGAAAAGAAGAAAAAACGAAAUUCUAACAAAGCUGAAAAAGUUAAAAAUCGUAAAAUGAAGCAAGGUCACAGUGCGUCAAAGUCAAAAAAGUCUAUCGGUAUGCAUGAUUCUGAAACGAUGACAGACGUUACAUCAGUAGACGUGAUCGAUAAGAACGUGGAGGAUGAAGAGGAUACUUAUGAAGAAAUUAACCUUGGAUUUAAAGUUAAAACUUUGGAGGAAAUUUUGCGGGAUAAAGCUUUAAAGAAAUUCCUUGAACGGCAGAUGGCCUCAAUGGGUAGCAAUUCUGAAGAUGAGGUAACAGUAAGGCAAAAAUCAGGGACUAGUAGUUCAGAAUCAAUAGAUACAAAUGUCCUAAAACCAUCCAUAAUAGACUCUACUGACGAAGUUCGAGAUACUGAGAAAGCAGUUCAAACAAAAACUUCUAAACUGAAAAUUAAAAAAUUGAAACCACUGAAGCCGCUUAAACCUCUUCAAAAUACCAAGGGAAAAGACGAAAUAUUACCAGUCGAAAAUAUUACUAGUAAAACCGAACAAAACCAAUGUGGGGAUCAAAAGAAACCUCUACCGCCUCUGAAAAGAUUAAAACCUCUUGCAACGACUAUACGAAAAGAAAAUUCUGGUAAUAAAGUUCUAAAAAGAAAACUCAAAGCCAGCCCAGACGAUGUGCAAACUAUUCCUAGUAAAAAGUUACAAAAGAUAGAGACUGUUAUUGUGGGUGAUGAUAGUACGUCUUCUGGAGAUGUAGCCAUUCUUGUGGACGCUGCUACGAAAACAGCAAAUAAAACUUGCGAGGACGUGGAAUCAUUGAAGAAGCAGGAUAUUUCGCCAAUGAACGUAGAUAAAUCUCAAAGAACGCCAAAACGAACUAUAGUUCUACUUCAAUCUAGAGAUCGCUAUAAACUUGUUGGAGCUAAGUCAGCUCAGGUUGAUAAUGUCCAAGAAUUGAGCAACAGGGACAAAACAAAGUUACACCAGUUGGCUGAACAAGAUAAAGUUCCUGAAGAGAAAACAUCCCAAAACGAUGAAGGCAAUAAUUCAAAAAAUAAAAAAAUAGGACUACAGAAGGUUGUCUCCAAAGAAAUUUCCCCUAAUGGUGGGGGAAAGCUUCUUGGAAAGGUUAUUAAAUUAAACCCAAGUAAGGAUACAAAUGAUGCAGCUUCUCCACUAUCAGUAAACUUAAGGUUGUCUAAAUCAAGAAAUAAUGUGGCGAAGGGUAUAAGAACUUCAGCCCCUCCUGGAAUUACCGCAACAAAUAAUGCUGCUGAGAACGUGAACAAACAGGUUUUAAAUGAGGGAGUAAAUCAGGUUAUAAAACAAGACAUUGAUAUAAAGACCAGUGAUGAUGACACUGCUGUGCAAAUGAGUAAAAAACCAACAAAAAUGAUAAAGUUGAACAGAAAGAGAUUGACGGAGGAAAAUAACGAUAGUCGAAAAUAUGGAGGAAAGCCUAGGAUUCAAUUUAGUUCAUUGGGAAGAAUAAUGAAGAUAAACGCAAAGACAGCCACAUCAAAACAAGCUGUUGUUAAACCAGUGUCCGUGCAGAGUACGGAGCUUUCCAAUCAAGGUAACACUACAAGUACAAAUAUAGAAAAGAAGAAUUCCAAGAGUAAUGUGAAACACGAGGCUGAAGUGAAACCCACAGCAACAUCACAGAAUACAACUGCUCCUGUUAAUAUUAACAAUAUGCCAACAUGUGGUGAAACAAAAUCCAUGUCAAACGACAAAGCUGCUAAAACAUACAAGAUGGAAAAAGCCAUAAUUAAACCUAUAUGUAGAACGGUCACAAAAUUACAAACAAGCAGUAAUUUAUCACACAAAGAACAAGCAGGCGGCGAGUCCAGUGCCUUCGCAACGAUCAACUCUGGUACUAAACACAAGGGCGACCAAGAUCAACUUCAUGCAGGUUCAUGCAGGGUUCUUCAAACAGGGUUAAAUAAAGAAGAAAAUAAAACGAUUCCAGUAACAAAGCUAAAAAAGACCUCGCCACAACCAAACAUUCAGGAUGCGAAUCUUCCCAUGUUAUCUAGGAAAAUUUUGCAGAAAGAAGAAGCAACAGAUCCUAAGACCCUCAAAUUAGAAAAAAUAUCUUCAGAAGAGGAAAAAGAAGACUCCCUGGAUAGACUUUUUGAAGAAGUAUCUAAAGACGUCGAAGAUGAAGGUGAGGAUUUCCUUAACGAAGCUCUGGAGAAAGCUAUUGCGGAAUUAUCUCCAGUCAACACAGAUGAUGAAGAGGAUGUGUCUAAUGCUGAUGAUCUGUUGCUGGAGAUUGAAGAAAUGAUUAUAUAAAAUCGAAUGUCGACUACACGGCUAUUGUUCAGGUCUCCAUUUGCUACGAGUGGAAAACAACGUACCUGUUUUUUUUUAUCUCAACCUCGACUACCAAAGAAAAAACAAGGAUAUUUUCUAUUACAGAAAGUUUGUUACUCGUUGUCACAUAUGAUCUCAGCGCAAAAGUUUGCUGAUUAUUAUUUGUUAACAAUUUGAAUGUAUCAGGAUUCUUUCAAAUAUGAGUGGCACCAGUUUUGGUUAAAGUGCGACAAACGUCUUUUCAACUUGAAUUUCGCCGAAGUAAAUUUCAAGUUAUUUUUUCACGAAGACCAACCAUUUUUAGAUUUUUUCCACAGUACAAAGUUGAUGUGUUAUUUAAGUGGAUCGACAGUUUGGAUCGAUCCUGGCGUAAAAGACAAUAUAGGUUAUGGUAGUACUGGUGAAGUGCUAGUAUAUACUUAACUAUAAUGUAUUGUGAUUGCAUUCACGUACUAAAAACGCUUUUCUGGCUAUUUAAGUUGUCAAAAACUUACGGUUUCUUAUCAGAUCUGCAUGUGCAGUUUUUCCUAGAAUAAUGAAAUUCAAAUGCAUGAAAUUCAAAUGAAAUUCAACUAUAUUUACAUUUCAAACAAGCGAAGUGAAUUUUCCUUUUUGAUAUAGAAUUCUAUUACGUACAACUGUCAUACGUCUGUUUCUGCACAUCCAUGAACGCAGGGAGUAAUAAUACUUCAUGUGGAUAAGAAACCCUAAGUUUUAUUGCAAUGCAUUCAUGCAAUUAUUAUAUCGUUGUUACGGUUUGAUAAGCUGGCCUAUUACUACGGCAGUAACUAUUUCAACUUAGUAUUAUAGCUUGACUCGAUAACGUGCUUUUUCUCAAUAGUUUGUUCAUGUAAACAAUGAUGAAUAAAGUCUGAUAAGAUAGAAA